UCGCUUGUCAGCAAAAUCCUCAUCCGCUUCAACUUCAACUUCAACUGAAACGAAGCUUCCACGAACCUUCGCCCCCCACCCCACAUUACAAUUUCAGUUCUUGGCUCAUACCAUCCACCCCUUUCAUCCCAAUUUCCUGAAACAAUUCCAAAUCCCUAAUAAUCCCUCAAUCCCUCUACGACAACUCCAAUCCAAACUCAUCCAUCGUCAAUCAGUCUCCACUCUCAAAACAAACCAAAUUACAGCUUAUUCCUUCCUUCAAUUUUCAAUUAAUUAAUGCCAUAAAUUGAUUUUGGGCGUCGUACCGUACGUAGGGCCAACCAACAUUCGUCUCUUGGUUUACCCAAGGAGUGCCAACUUCAUCGUCUUCCCUGGCCCUUACUUUACCAUCCACCCUACCCGACCCUACCCGACACGACCCGCUUCCACUCCAGGUCAGGUCCUACUCAAAUUCUCAUAUACUCCAACAUUGCAUACGCAACACACCCUUCUUUCUCUCUCUCGCAUGUUUGUCCAAAUCCUGUCUGGCGUCAUAUCGGAGAAUUAAGGAACCUCGUCGGAGAUGUCGCAGAAGCGGCCGCAACGGGAGGAUGGCUCCGCCGCCGACGACAAGGAUUCCAGGAAAUCCCACUCUUUCAGAAGAGUGGUUAGGGAUGUGAUGAACAUCCAGAGACUGCAGAAUCUCAUGUAUCCUGUCCUCGAGCCUCUCGUUCGACGAGUCGUUAAGGAGGAAGUCGACUCUGCGUUAACGAAGUAUAUCAUUAACAUGAAAAGAAAUUGCGAGAAAGAUGCCUCACCUUCCGAGUCGAAGACAUUGCAGCUUCAGUUUGUGAAUGCUUUAUCUCUUCCGGUGUUUACUGGCACUCGUAUCGAAGGAGAAGGUUCUAGUCCUAUAGAAGUUGCUUUAGUUGAUGAUCUUUCAAGGGAAGUUAUUUCUUGCAGUCCCUUAUCCUCUGCAAGGAUCGAAAUCGUUGCUCUUGAAGGAGACUUUAAUGGCGACGAUGAAGAGAAUUGGACACUCGACGAAUUUGCGAGUAAUAUCGUGAGGGAACGAGAAGGGAAGAAGCCUCUUCUAACAGGGGAUUUGAUCUUGACACUUAAAGAUGGGAUAGGAUUGUUAGGCGAUCUUUCGUUUACGGACAAUUCUAGCUGGACGAGGAGCCGCAAAUUUAGGCUCGGGGCUCGGAUGAUUGAUGACGUUGAAGGAGUCAGGAUAAGAGAGGCGAUAUCGAAAGCAUUUGUUGUGAGAGAUCAUCGCGGAGAGUUGUACAAGAAGCAUCACCCUCCGCAUCUGCAAGACGAAGUUUGGCGGCUGGAAAAAAUCGGAAAAGACGGCGCUUUGCACAAGCGUCUGCGAAAGGAAGGCGUCAACACGGUGCAGGACUUCUUAAUUUUACUUUCCUUGAACGCCCGGAGGCUUCGAGAUAUUCUUGGGUCGGGAAUGUCGUCGAAAAAGUGGGAAAUCACCGUGGAGCAUGCUCAGACAUGCGUUCUCGACAAAACGUUGCACCUUUACGGAAGCUCGCCGACGUCUCCGCAAAACAACAGCGUUGUUUUCAACGCUAUCGGACAAGUGAUGGGGAUGUUCUUGAAUAACCAGUAUGUCGCGACGGCUGAGCUGUCUGAAGUCGAAAAGGCGAAUGCUCGGGAGUUGGUUAUAUGCGCGUACGCAAAUCGUGACAAAAUGAUCACUUUAGAUGAGUCGAUGUUGAUCAUGCCGGCAUCGUCAUCCUUCUCCUGCGGCCCGACAUUUUUGGAGGGAAGUGAUCCUCGUGGUUCGAGUUCUCAUGAGAUAACUACAAGCAACUAUCCGCAGGUCGACGCACCUUCGGAUGUGAUGCAGCUCCCGAUGUUCUCUGCCGGAGGCUCGGCCUCGGCCUCGGCUAGCUAUGAGUAUUGCUUAAACGACAUGAGCUUCGCCGGUCAAGCUGCGGGCAAUACCCCAUUCUUCGAUGCGUUGUUGUCUGCAAGUGAUCCGAUCAAGUGUUAUGAGGAAGAUUAUAUGCUGCGCACCGCUUUGGAGUUUUCGGCUGAUCUGUGCAACCCUCCGGAUGCGUCGUCGUCGGUCCCUUUUUCGGUCCAUAAAGCUCGAAAGGAUUGGGGGGUGUUGGUUUGGGUGUGGAGAUGGCGAUGCUCUAUUAAAAGGAUCAUUGCGAAGAAAUCUAGCCGUGUCGGAGCGAUGCCGACGCCGUGAGAUUUUUGUGGAUUGAAUGUGUGUGUUUUUUUUGAGAUGUUUGAAAUGUCUCCGGCGCCGGUGUCGACGACAAUGCCAGCGGAGCCUUGUAGGUUGCAGUAUUUCUUGUGUGGAAUAAGCAGGAUUGUCUGCGUUGUGUGCUAUUGAAUGUUACUGACAAAGAAACAGAUACUUUGUUGUGAAGACUUCAUUUGAUAUCAAUUGAUUUUAAAUGAAAAAUUCGAAUCUCUUUUUUAA